UGCUGUACAAAUAAGCGUAGAGCCAAGUAUAACAUUCUAUCAACGUAUAGCAAUCCCAAUGAUACGGACGGCAUAUUUUAGUUGGAGUAGUGCAAGUAAUAGGUGUGCUUAGCCCAAAUUAUAAUUUUUAAAUUAUAAAAUCGCACUGUUUUAAUUAUCAGAACAUUAUUUAAAACUUGAAACUCCACUAAUUAAUCGAACAACUCUACUAUUAUAAUUAGAGCAAGUAGUUUAUAUGACAUUUAAAUUCACCAAGUUUGAUCAAACGGUUUUAAAAGUAUUCAAUUAAAAUUAUAAAAUUUUGAUUAUUUUUUUAUUUAUAAAGUUAUCAAUUGAAACAUGACAAUUAAAAAAAUUUGUGGCAUUGGUGCAGGAUACGUAGGAGGACCUACAUGUAGUGUUAUAGCUCUGAAAUGUCCUCAUAUCAAAGUAACUGUCGUUGAUAAAAGCAAAGAAAAGAUAGCUCAAUGGAAUUCGAAUAAACUUCCAAUAUAUGAGCCACAUUUAAAUGAAGUGGUUGAAAAAUGUCGUGGAAAAAAUUUAUUUUUCUCUACUGAUAUUGAAUCUGCUAUCCAAGAAGCUGAUUUAAUUUUUAUUUCUGUUAAUACUCCUACUAAAACAUUUGGAAAUGGCAAGGGACGAGCUGCUGACUUAAAAUAUGUAGAAAAUACUGCCAGAAUGAUUGCGGAAGUUGCUACAAAAGAUAAAAUAGUGGUAGAGAAAAGUACAGUACCAGUAAGAGCUGCUGAAAGUAUUAUGCAUAUUUUACGUGCAAACCAUAAACCUGGAGUCUCCUUUCAGAUUCUCUCUAAUCCAGAAUUUUUAGCUGAAGGAACAGCAAUUGAGAAUCUCAUUGAUCCUGAUCGUGUUUUAAUUGGUGGUGAAGAUUCACCUGAAGGCCAGAUAGCUAUUGAAAAAUUAUGUAAAAUAUAUGAACAUUGGAUUCCUCGUGAUAAAAUAUUAACAACAAAUACAUGGAGCUCAGAAUUAUCAAAAUUAGCUGCCAAUGCAUUUUUAGCUCAACGAAUAUCAAGUAUUAAUUCAUUGUCAGCAGUAUGUGAGGCAACAGGUGCUGAUGUAUCAGAAGUAGCAAGAGCUGUAGGAUUAGAUUCCCGAAUAGGUUCAAAAUUUCUGCAAGCAUCAGUGGGUUUUGGAGGAUCCUGUUUCCAGAAAGAUUUACUUAAUUUAGUUUAUAUUUGUGAGUGCUUAAAUCUCCCGGAAGUUGCAGCCUAUUGGCAGCAAGUUAUCAAUAUGAAUGAACAUCAAAAGUCUCGAUUUUCAUCAAAAAUUAUUGAAUCUCUUUUUAAUACUGUGUCUGACAAGCACAUAUCCAUAUUAGGAUUUGCUUUUAAAAAAAAUACUGGUGAUACCAGAGAGUCUCCUGCCAUUCACGUAGCCAAGACUCUUCUUGAUGAAGGUGCAAUUCUACAUAUUUAUGAUCCAAAGGUUGAAGAGGCUCAAGUUAUUCAGGAUCUAGCAAGUUUAGAUAUUCUGAAUGUAAAAAAUCGUAUUAGUAUCUAUCCAGAUGCUUAUAGUGCAACUAAAAAUACACAUGCUGUUGUUAUCUGUACUGAAUGGGAUGAAUUUAAUGAAUUGGAUUAUAAACGUAUUUAUACAGAAAUGAUAAAGCCAGCUUAUAUAUUUGACGGAAGAAAAAUUUUGAAUCAUGAAGAACUACAAAAAAUUGGAUUUAUUGUUCAAACAAUAGGUAAAAGAUUAAAUAGAAUCGCCGUAUCUAGAACAUGGGGAAGUCCUAAUCACGUGUGAAGUAAUAAAAAAAAUACUCAAUUUUUUUUUAUUCUAUACGGCAGUAUUUUAAUACUCUGCAUUUAUUAUUCAUUAAUAAGUAAAAAAAUUUUUUACAAAGAUUACACAUAUUUAACAAAUGACAUUUGUAAUAAACUAUUUUUAUAAUUCUUUAUCAGUAUGAAAAAUAUUAUAGUCAAAAGUAUUAUCAAACUUUUUAACUCAUUCUCGACGUCUAUUAUCAAAUCAUGUAUAUACAAAGCACGAAAUAAAAAAAUUAUAAAAUUUA